AUGUCUGAAGAGAGAGAAGAAGACGCAGAAACUUCUCGCGCUCGUCACGAUGAGGCUAUCAAGCAAAUUCAUCCAGGGGCUAAGAAAUUCCCAGAGCUCUACACCAAGGUCCAACAUCACAUCAAGGCUCAUGCCUUGGGAAGAAAGUGGACAGACAACUCUCUCUACAAAAGGUUUCUUGGCUGGGCUGACUUCGCCGACGUCAACGAUCACCCGAAGCUUGACAUGUUGAUCGCGACCAUGGCAGUUCGCGACUAUUUUGAUACCAACAGCCACAUGUACGACAGUCAAGUCAAUUUUCGAAGGCUUCGAGAGUGGAUGGACACGCAGCUCAGUGUUCCUACCCAAUCUAAGUCUGCUUCCAACCCCAAAGCGCUCGCAAAGGCUCAGCGACAGCCUCGAGUCAAGACUGAGCCAGAACUUGGCAGUGGCGACGCAGCGGACACAAUUCGAAAAUCAAUUGAGAACGAAAAUGGCUUUGCUGUCCCUGCUGAUUUGAAACGACACGCUCAAGAACACUCUGCCCAACCCAGUAACAAGCGCGCAAACCUGGGAUCGGAUCAAACACUUGUCGCCCCUGAUUCCAACAAUGUCGGCAUGCUUCAACCCUCGCAACAGCGCAUCAUCUACCGGGAAACUGGUAUGCAGACGGACAGCUACGCAUCUAUUGAAGAAGUUGUCGGGCCCCUUCGACAAGUAGCUGCAUCUUUUCAGGAAGAAUUCAAGGUGCUGCAGAAUCAUACCGCAAUGAUGGGCAAUCUAAUGGAAAGAGCUCAGGUCACUCCAGCUCGACCUGCGCACAACGUUGCUCAUCAGCAGCAAUACCAGGUACAAGACAUGAUUCCGCUUCAGCCUAUGAAUCGUCAGCCGCCUGGUUACUACAUUGAUCACAGUCGUGAUAAUGGUGGAAGUGGACCAAUCUUCAGAUUCGGAUAA